UUUAAUUGGAUGACAUCGAAUUGAACAUCCAAGGUAAGAAACAGCAUGGCAAUUGGGCUAUGGAAUUCUGUAUUGGUAGUAAGAAUGGCCCAACACCCCAUUUCUAAUUCUUUCCCUGAGAUCGUGGUUAUCCCACCUUCUAAGAGGAACUACAACCAAAUGAAGGAGCCCAUGUGGCUUCUGUUUUAAAGGUCAUCAGAGUCAGAUUCAUUUGGUUUAGGACAUUCCAGUGGCUAUAGGACACCAUCUACUGUGACGCGUACCGUGUGAGCUCAGCUCUAGAGUGUUUCACAGACACUGUGUUUCCUGAUCCUCACGAUACCCCCGUGAGAGCUGCCCUAACAGCAGAGAGGCAGCGUGAUGGAGAGGUUCAGCACAUGCUCUCUGAUCCCAGGAAUCCCGGGUAUGGUGUUUAGUAUCUGGGUGAACUCAGAUAAACACCUUGAUGCAGAUGUUUCCCCCAAGCCCACUAUUUUUCUUCCUUCAAUUGCUGAAACAAACCUCCAUAAGGCUGGAACAUACCUUUGUCUUCUUGAGAAAUUUUUCCCGGAUGUUAUUAAGAUACAUUGGCAAGAAAAGAAGAGCAACAAAAUUCUGGGAUCCCAGGAGGGGAACACCAUGAAGACUAACGACACAUACAUGAAAUUUAGCUGGUUAACGGUGCCAGAAAAGUCACUGGACAAAGAACACAGAUGUAUCGUCAGACAUGAGAAUAAUAAAAACGGAGUUGAUCAAGAAAUUAUCUUUCCUCCAAUAAAGACAGAUGUCACCACAGUGGAUCCCAAAGACAGUUAUUCAAAAGAUGCAAAUGAUGUCACCACAGUGGAUCCCAAAUACAAUUAUUCAAAGGAUGCAAAUGAUGUCAUCACAAUGGAUCCCAAAGACAAUUGGUCAAAAGAUGCAAAUGAUGCACUACUGCUGCAGCUCACGAACACCUCUGCAUAUUACAUGUACCUCCUCCUGCUCCUCAAGAGUGUGGUCUAUUUUGCCAUCAUCGCCUUCUGUCUGCUUAGAAGAACGGCUGUCUGCUGCAAUGGAGUGAAAUCGUAACAGACGGUGGCACAAGGAGGCCAUCUUUUCCUCAUCGGUUAUUAUCCCUAGAAGUGUCUUCUGAGGAUCUAGUUGGGCUUUCUUUCUGGGUUUGGGCCAUUUCAGUUCUCAUGUGUGUACUAUUCUAUCAUUAUUAUGUAAAGGUUUUCAAACCAGUGGGCACACAGAGAACCUCACUCUGUAAUAACAAUGAGGAAUAGCCAUGGCGGUCUCCAGCACCACCCUCUCCAUGUUUUCCACAGCUCCUCCAGCCAACCCAAAUGGCGCCUGCUAUAGUGUAGACAGCCUGCGGCUUCUAGCCUUGUCCCUCUCUUAGUGUUCUUUAAUCAGAUAACUGCCUAGAAGCCUUUCAUUUUACACGCCCUGAAGCAGUCUUCUUUGCUAGUUGAAUUAUGUGGUGUGUUUUUCGUAAUAGGCAAAAUAAAUUUUAAAAGAUGAAAAGGUG